AUGGGAAAGACAUAUGGGGGGCGAAGCUGCACGCCUUGGAAAAACGUAAAAACGUUAAAGAACUGCCACGCCGAUUUGUUAUUUUGUCACGACUUGACCGGAGGCAUCCAGCACAAAUUCGUUUUCUUCGCACUGAACUUGCUAUGUGUGAGUAAGAAAUACGAACUGGUGUUUAUAACGUACGGUCAGUAUAUCUAUGUGUACGAAUUGAAAAGCUUUCUGGAAAAAAACAUAAACAUUGGGGUGGACGUGAGCCCUAACCCUAACGUUGUUAUUGGGCAUAGGAAUGAAAAGGGCAGAGACAACGUUAUUGGCAAUUUCUACAAACAGGAAAUAAGUCAGAAUGACAGCAGCUUUAAAAACAUAAAUAAAAUAAAGUACGUCUACGAUGAAGUGAAAAAUGAUUUGAAAUUGAAAGCGAUGAACAUCCCAGCACCGACUCUUAUCCUGUCCCCACACGUGUAUUCUAAAGGGUACGUAAAUAUCAAAUGCGAAGAAAGAGACAACUCAGACAAGUGCAUUCUAAUAUCUGUGGGAUGGUCCGAAGAUACCAGUGUUUAUUAUGUAGAGAAAAUCGUCGAAUGUAUUAACAUAAAGAAGAAAUUAAAACAUAUUUUAGAGAAAAAGUUGUUCGAUUUGAAGAGGUAUGAAGAAAAUGAGACGAAGGAGGCCAUAUAUUUUGACGAUACACAUUCUCCAUGUGGCGACUCAGUUUUUCCAGCCUCCUUCACGGACUCCUAUCGCCUCUUAAAUAAAUUAAAAAUUGAUGAAAAUGAUUUUAUUCUAAGUUUAAUACACAAUAAUCAGUAUGCAAAUGGAUACUCCAAACAACUCCUAGAAAUGUUUGAAUUGUCCAAAUGCAUCAACAAUUUUGAUCAUAUAAAAAAUAAGGCCAAACAGAGGAGAAGCGCCCGUCUGUACAGAAUGCGUUUGCAAAAUGAGAGAAAAGUGAACAGAAGAGAAAAGCGCCUUAACGAUCGGGCGAUCAAUAAGUACAUAACUGCUAAGCUAAAGAAUCCCCUCUUAAAAACGAAGAAAAUGAACGUCCGCAAGAAGGGGUUCUAUAAAAGAUGUCUCUUGGGAAGGGAGUCCCUCGGAAGGGUAUCAGGAGCAAGGGUAGGAGGAGAAGGUAAGGGGCGCACUGGCAGCGCCCUAACUGUGUACAAAAAAAACGCACUCAAAUUCAAGAAGGGGCCGUACAGAAUGAAAUGCAGCUGCAUAUUGAGGUGUCCAAGGGACGACCCCAUGGGAGAUCCGAAGAGCGAUAGUGAACCUAAUCCAAAGACACGCAGUAACAUUAAUGGGAGAAGGAAAAAAUUUAAAAUUAGCGAAAUUUAUAGCAGCCUUGAGAGCGCGGAGGAGGACGCGUACGAUACGGACGACGGAAGGGAAGAUGGAUCGCUGCACCGGAAUGAUAGCCCCCGGAUGAGGAAAAAAAAAUCGGGAAAAAACUUUAAAAAAAAUCAUCAGGUUAAUUAUUUACUAGGCGAUGAUGCGGAAGAAAUUGAAGAACUCAACUUUUAUAAAAAAAUGAGGAACAAUGUGUACUUGGGUUACAACCAAAGAAAUGACCACAUGGGACUGAAUGACCAAAAUGAAUAUAUUAACGCGAUUAGAGACGAGAGUGAAUUUGUGAAUACGUAUAUGAAAUCAUCCAGUGAUGAGGAGUGCAUAGCACACUUGUCGUCCAAACUGAGACGGACCAAUUGUAGCAGGAAAGGAAGCGGCCAGAAGUUUUACCGUCAUGGUGAUUUGCGCAUGAAACUGAGAAGGGGCCUCCAUAUGGCCCAGCUGAUGGCGCAAAGGAAAAUCAAGCGGGUGGCAAAAAAUAAGAAAAGGGUAAGAGAUCACGAUAACACCGAUACGCGCAGUUGCAGAAACAGGGGAAGAUGUGAAGGGGAUGCGCGAGGGAGGUUCUCGCCAAAUGGGUGUCACGGAAAGAGAGCCAAAAUAGGUUUUAAAGAAAAAAAAAAAAAAAAAAAAUAUCAUGGAGAUGCGAAAAAAACGCAGAUAGAGCAAUUAAGGAGGAACAUCAAAAACUAUAAUUUGCGUGUAGAGCGAUUAAAUAUACUGAAGAAGGAAAGAAAGAAAUUUGUAAACUUCUGCAAAUUGUACAUAACACAUGUGCAUUACGAAGAAUACAGCAAUAAGUUAGAGAAAUUCCUGGACCCAAGUGUCGAUAUCAAGUACAAUAAAAUUUGGAAGCAGUUCAAUAUCUUCAGCUUUAAUCUCUUUAAUGUAGAUUACAAUGACAAAAUUUUGAAGUCCUCACAUAUAUACGUGCAACCAGACAUCGUUUUUAACAACAAAACUUAUAUUAAGUCGGACACGUCCACGUGGGCCAUUUCGUUUAACUUUACGAAAAAUUUACUAGCCAUUGGGUCGAACACGCACAAUAUAAACAUUUACAAUUUGAACAACUUUUACUAUUUUAGGAGGAGGUACGAUUAUGAUGAUGCUCUUAACUUUUUUAAGAAUGCAUUUGUGCACAGGAAGGUUAAGGUAAAUCGCUUGUUCCUCAACGAUGACAAGGACCCAUUUUAUUUCGAUAACAAUGAUGGGGAAGACCAUUUGGGGGCAAACAGAAAAAGUAGGAAAAGGAAAAAGGAAAGGGAAAAGAAAAGGAAAAGAAACAAGGAAAGGGAUAAAACGGAAGACAAAGCGAAGAUAAGGGAAAACAAAGAAAAAAAAGCUCUUUUCCCGCCUCACCACCACAGUAGUGAGAAAAUUUACGAUCAUGUCAUUUAUUUGGAUCAUUAUGAGGAGAGCCAAAAAUCGUCCACCUCGGUCAGCACCAGUGACCAGAUAAACAGAAAGGGGGAAGAGCACUAUCAGCCAAAUGGUUGCCCCUCAGCAAAAGUGAAGAAGAAGCAGAAAAAGAAGGAAAAAGAAAAAAUAAACGACUCAGUAAUUUUUCGUAAUGAAUAUAUUGUCCAUAGGGGACGCACCAGCAGUGGAAUGCUCUGGUCAGACCUCGCUUGGGAGGAAGAAGUAGGAAAAAAAGGAGGCAGCAUAACGAACGGAGAAGAGAAACCCAUUCGUUUCUAUGCCAGUGACAGUGCCCCCUUUGAUCAAUGGAAAGACGAUUCCGUGCUGGAUUUGCAGUAUGGUGAAGACACCAGUACAUGUGUCGCAGAUAAAGUGAGGAGGAAUAACAGUAGCCCAGGUGAACAGAACGAAGCUGAUCUAAAUAUGGCACCCACCCCCCAAGCGAAGGACUCCAUGAGAGGCAUCUUUCCAAUGAAGAACAAGAGUUACGUCACGAAGAUUAGCGUGCAAGAUCAUUUUAAGGGGGCCAAUUUGCACAAAGCAGUUUCGUCCAUUUUGUACAGAAGGAGCUACAUUCCGAUGGACUUGGUCCAGUUUUUCCUCAACAGAAAGGAGAAUCUAAAAAAAAUGCUUCUGACCAUAUCGUACAAUUUCCCAAGUGAUGCAAUCAUUUUGUUUUUAAAGCAAUCUUCCAUCGGGGCGGAGAUCUAUCACAUGAAGUGGAACAUUCACUACAACCUUGCGUCCACGGUUCAUAAGAUGAAGAAAUUAUAUGCCAAAAGAUUUGGCUCCAAGUACUACCUUAAUUUGAAGCUCUUUCAUCCCAAAAUGGUGAUAGUCAACAACAAUAAGUAUUUGAAAAACUGGUAUAUCAAAUUUCUGCGCAGGAAUGUGCUCCUGUUCGGCGUGAGCGGAGCUGAAAUAUUCAGCAAAAUAGCGAAGAAAAGGAAUAAACGUAGAACCAACUGGGCUAUGGGUGCCCACGGGGAGAAACGACAAAAUUAUUUGGACAUUCUCAAGGGUGAUGAAGUGGGGGAAAGGCACCCAGAUGGGGAGCCGUCAGAUGGAGAGAUCCAAGCUGAAGAGCGAUCACUUGAAGGACCGCCCACUCAGCACAUCCAGAGCGAAGACAUCGAAGCGGCUAAGGAUGCUUCCGGAGCGGAAACUACAAUCAGCGAGAAUGAGCUCGGGGUGCACAACGUCAUCUACAGAAAGGUCAAACGUUACAACAUGUCAAAGGUAGAAAGGAUCUAUGUGCUGUGCAAUUCACCCAGCGCCUUCCAACAAGGCGUAAAUGGUAGACUUCGCGACACAAACGUUGAUCAUCAUGAGCAUAAAAUAAUAAAAUGCCACAGGCACCUGUACAGCUACAAAAGGGCCAAUAAUGUUUUAGAACAUAUUAGCAGAAGAUUCAGAAAGUUCAUCAAAGAGAGACACAAUUUUAGCUUUUCCUAUACCAAGCGGCUGUUUUCAAAUGAGCAUUCCAUCUUCGUGGUUCUAGAUAAAAGGAGAAACAAAGGGGAACUGCACUGUUAUGACCGCGUUGAGGGGAAAUAUGUGGAUGAAUUAAAAAUAGUCGUGAAGAGCAUCCAGAGACACUCGACACCGGGGUUGUUUCUAAACGCCCAGGGGGGAACUAGCAUGGGUGCAGCAGUGGAACAAGCGAGCGCAACGGUUAAAGCGAAUAGAGCAGCCGAAUCCGCCAAAUCGGACAAAUGCGCCAAAUCUUUCAACGGAGAGGAAAACCCGACGAACGAACAACCCACAGUGAAGGAAGAGGCGAACUUUGAUUUUUACAGCAAAAAAAUACUAGUAGUUUGUGAGCUGAAGGACCACAAUAAUAACACGCUGGACAUUGUGCACCUGACGAACGACCCGAGCGAAAGCGGCCAGCAUUUUUUGCAGGAGGGAAAACCCGGACCGGCAAGAGAAAAUCGCAGUAAUUAUUACUCCCUUCGAUUUGAUGAAGGCGGUGCAGUGAAUGGAAAGAAGCGGAGAAUGCAAAGAAGAGGCCAUCCCAGGGAUAGUAGCGAUGGAAGUAGCGGAAGCGGUAAAGCCCACAUGGAUGGAAUUGUAAAUUACACCGUUGAGAUGGAAAUGAAUAAUCUAUAUAGAAACAACCGCCCCAAGUGGGAUAAGAAGGACGAGAUGAAGGUGAAAAGUGUCAUGAAUAAUUUGCUACUAAAUUUGGAAGCCGAAUCAGGUUCGAACUCAUCCGAGUCAUCUAACAUAUCGGAAGGUAGCAUGCACAGUAGAGGUAGAGGAAUAAAUUUCCAUGCAUAUAUAAAUAACGACACAACUAGCCAAAGUACAAACAAUUUUAACCGGUUCAUAAACGAAGAUUUGUUGUCAACAGCUCGCAGUCGACUCCUAGGGAAUGGAUACAAUUCAGAUGUUUCAAAUAAUGGUCUCCUUGUUCGCGCAUUACACAAUUAUAGGAUGGUGAGGAAUAAUUUUUUGCACAACAUGAGGAAUAGCAUACGAAAUAAUCGACCUAAUCGUCCCACUCGAUCAAAUCGACAUAGCGCUAGGAAUGUACCAAACGUGAGACAUGACUUCAUGAAUGAAAGCACGCAGAGAGUUCUAAAUAACAUGGUGAAUGCUACGCAGAAUAUAUUGAACAUUAACAACAGGAUUGGGAAUAUAAGCCGUAGACCUUCCCCCAUUAGAGGAAGGGGAGGUUAUUACACCUCUAGGACAGCCCAACAAGAGGCCUCUAACUUGCGCUACAAUGAGCACUUCCUCGAUUUAGACGAACCAGCUAUAGGCGAUCCAGGCGCCUUCCUAGCACCCCCAAAUGAGGAUAGCGAAUAUGGGGAAACAGCACCCGAUUUGGAAGAUUCACAAUUGGAUAACGAAACAUCCUGGGGAAGUAUGGAUUCUCCAAGAGUGGACAUAGGCGAAACAAGAAUAGAAGGAAGGGAAACACCAGUUAACUCGUACGCAAGUGUAAUAAUUAGAAACCUGUUGGCAUCCAACCCAGAUAGAAUUGAAGCGACUCAGGAUGGCUGGAGGUUCAGAAUAAACGCAAGCAAUCUUGAUAAUAUAUAUUUCGUAUCUACAGCAAGUGCAAGCGCAAAUGAAGAUGCGAAUGCAAAUAAUAGCACUUCCGCUGUAUAUAAUAACGCGGAUGGUAGACACUCCUCCAAUUCGAGGGAUGUCCGACAAGGAAAUGAACCCCAUUUCCUCAAUAUGCUAUACAAUAACAUUUUGAAUGUAAGAGAGCUGAACAGGAACAGCUCUUCCUCAGUGGACCCCAACAUGGGUAACUGGACUUCAAACGUAACGAAUAAUUUGCAGAAUGACAUUCGCAAUUUAAAUCAAGAAUAUAAUUCCAGGGGAAAUUUGCAAAGCACUUUUUUUAAUCAAUUAGAUUCCUUUACCGGGAAAAUAUCCCCCAUGACUUUGGACCUAAUCAACACCAUAAAAUCGGGAAGUGUAAAAGUGAAGGGAAAGCAAGGAACUCUGCAGUGUAAGCGUUUUAGAGAAAUUCCUCUCAGAAUGAAAUAUGCUUCCAUGGAUCAGAAAUAUGAUGCAACUGUUCGGUACGUAUAUACACUUCCCAAAAGUGCUGAUGAAAUAAUGUUGACUCAUGGUCCCAAGUCUGAUUCUUUUUUCGACUUUGUUAUUGUCUGUGAAGGUGUGUGGGAGAAGAACGAGAGAGUGGAGCGCGGGAUCCCUGCGCGCGGGACACCUGAAGAGGGGCGAAGGGAGGCGUGCUCCAUUGAUGGUUCGCAGAAAGUGGCUAUUAAAGUGGGGGGCGCAGUGGGAGCAGCGGAAUCAGUGGUAGCAUUGGGAUCAGAUCCAGUGCAUGAGGUGUUAGAGGAAGAAGAAGCGGACGAAGAGACGGAUGAAAUGACGGAAGAGGAUCAAGAAGCGGGAGAAGCGGACGAAUCAGCCGAGGGAAUCACCGAAGAAUCUAGGGGUGAUGUGGCGAAUGGCCAAAUAGACCAUCACAACAACGCGGAGGAUGCCGCAAUUGAAGAGCCCCUAGGAGAAAAUCGCAGCGGUAGUAGUCCACACACGAAUAAGCCUUCACAAUGGUCGAUUCUGAAAGAUAGUUUGAGCAAAGAUAGCGUUACGGGCGAUGUUCAUCCCGAUGGUAUGGCAAUCGAUUGCGCUCAGAGAGACACGCCGGGGAGGGAAGCAGAAGAAGAUUCCAAAAAAGUGUCCGACAGCAGCGAUGACGACGUAACAGAUUUGAAGCCAAAUCUGAGUUCCGCGUCCACAUUAGAUUUGGAAGACUCAUCGUACGAGUCAUAUUAUUCCUCGUCCAGCCACACCACCAGCGAUUUUAGCAACAUCUCGGAAUGCCUUGUGGAUGAAUGUUCCGAAUGCGAAAAUGCAGACCUGUGCUUUGAGGGAAGCAACAUAAUCAAUUUCAACUCAGCUUAUCGAUUCUUGAAGUAUGAGGGCGCCAAGCUGUACAUAAACAAUUGCAGCGUCAGCAUAAAGGGGAAUAGGGAAGAUGGACUCUCCAAAUAUUAUUUAAAGCGGAAGGUUGGCAAUCUAACGAAGCAGAGCAGUUACCAGGGCGGUUAUCAAAACAGCUACCAGGACCAUAACAGACACAAUGAGCGCACGAAAAUUGUUGCCCUCGACAUCAACGAUUUUCAAAAUAGUUCGGCGCAGCUGAGCAGGAAGAAAGGGCCAGUAUGGGAUGAAGGGGAGUACGCACCGUUGUGGAUGACGAAUUGGGAAAAACACACGCCGCCCCACAGGAAGGAAAAAUCAUGUAAAGACAAAAUUAUCAUUACAUCUAAGUGGUUACAUAAAGUUCUGCUGCAACAAAAUUGCUACCUUAAUGAGGAGAAGAGGAAAAAGUUGGAGAUGGUUUUGAGGGGAAAGAAAACGAUGGAGGAUGAAAAGAAGAGGGGAGAAAAGGAUGACACGCCUGACGAAACAAACAAAGGGACACAGAAAAGAAAAAAAAAAAAGCACAUCCAGAAGGAUAAACCCAUUAAAGAACAAAUCGAAUAUUUGAAUGUACUGAGAAGAGGCCAAAAAACCGAAUCAGACAAAAAUCGUGCAGUUCAGAAGGAUCGCUUCUUUAACACAUUUUUAAGGUAUUAUUAUUCCACUAUCGAGGAAGGCAAAGGCGAGGAAAAAAAAAAAAAAAAAAACAACCACACAGGGGAUGGCAGCCAAAUGAAGAAGAAAUAUUAUGACCAUAAUGUCAGCGCACUUGUACAAUACAGAACAGAACAAGUAAGAAACAGUCUUUACAAUGAUAAAAAUGCUAAUUAUAUCUUCAAAAAUUUGCCUAACAAUGUGAUUACGAGAAAAUUCUGCAAUCACGUAAGAAUGACUUCUUCCUAUGAAGAAUCAAAUCGAAUGAACGAAGUUCUCUGGACCUUUUCAAAUGUGACAUUCUAUUCAGCGGACUGGUAUGACAUUAUGUAUAAAUUAUUUUUCGAAUUGUCCUCCAGAUUUUACGAAAUUAUUAUAAAGCACCACAAACAUAAUAUCCCCUGCGUGAAAUUUUCACCAGACGACAACUUCCUUUUGUCCUGCUCGGUGGACAGAUCCCUGGUUCUUUGGAAUCCGUUCAAUGUGAAGAAUUAUGACUUGGAUAGAAACUACAAUAUAUAUGACCAUGUGUUUCCUCCGAGGAAGGAUAGGAAAAGCAGGGAGAGGCAUCGAAACAUGAGCAUGGUGUGCGAGAACGUCAGGAGAAAGUCGAAAACGAAGAACAGUUAUAACCGCAUGUCACAUAGCCUGUUGGCCAACGCAACAGUCGAAAUAAAGUAUGGAGGGAAAAGAAGUGUCUUCGAAAAAGUAUUUCAUGAAAGCAAAAUGUACAAAGCGAUCAGGGAAAAGGAACUAUUAUCAAACAGGAAAAAAAAUAACAUUCUCUGCAAACAGGAAAUGAAACAUAUGGGCUGGAGCUGUGACUUCCUUUUGAAGAAGAAUAUUUCCAAAUGUGAUAUUUUUACGGACCUAUUUUACAAAGAAGAUUUUUUCGUGGGACAGAGACCUAGUUUUAACUAUUGUCUUUAUUUCCCAUCUGGGAACCUACUUAUGGAUAAUUUCUGCCCCCUUUUACAGAAGUAUUCUUUUUUCCAAUUAUUUAGUUGUUCCUUUUUAAGUGCGAAGGGGAACACAGAAGAAGGGGGCAAUUUACACCCCCUCCGCUCUUACCUGUACAAAAGGAAUAUGAAAAGAACGGAAUAUGUCCAACCGAAUAACGUCCAAACCAUUUUCCAAAUGAUGACCAACAAGAAUUUUAAAAGAACGUCUUUCUCCAGGAAAAAGAUUAAGCAAAUAUAUUCCACCAUGAAAUAUGUUUGUAAGAAUUUGCUAAAAUCGUACCUCGUUGUUUAUCCUUUGGAGUAUGAGGAGAGAACACGCGACCUGGAAAGUGUCAAAUUGACAAGGCAGCAUUUAACACGGGAUGUGUGUGUUUUGACAGACCAUGAAUACGGAUAUUAUACCUGCAUGCUCAGCUCCACGUGGAAUGACGAAAGUGGGACGCCAGGGUGGAAGGAGGAUUUCUAUAUUAAGCUAUCCCGUACAGGGCGACAGAAGACAAAGAAAAAAUCUUACACUCUCAGUCCGAACAGAAGAAAUAAUAUAAAACAGAGAGUAAAAUCUUCGCUCUUUGCACCUCAAUCGAACAACCAAUCGGAUGGCAGCUGGGAAACGGACGAACAUUCAUCCUCGUCCUGCCAAGAAUCGGACAAAAACAACUGGGAGUGCGGAAACGCACGUGAUUACGAUGUGGAGGAGGAAAGCGACGACGACAGAGAUGAUGAUGGUGAUGACCAUAAGGAUGAGGACGAGCUCGAUGCAGAUUACCAAAAAAGGAAAAAACUUGAAAAAUCCUUGUUCUAUAAAUACAUACGUGGCAUAAGGAACGAUUUUAGCUUCCACUUUUUAUCGGAGAAAAGAAAAAGCUGUGAAGAUAAUCCAAAGAAGUGGAUCCCACUUUUUGAAAAGCUAAUUCAUCAGUAUGCAGAUUUGAAAUUCUGCAAAAGUAUGUAUCAACACGUCAAAUUUAAGGUGCUAUCUGACUGCAUCUCCAAAUUCGAGGCGUCCAAGCCUAAGCUAUAUUUCAACUUCCACAUCACGGCAAAUUAUCAAGAGUCGAAAAUUCUUAGGGAACUUUUGCAGAACUACGCCGUGUACUUCGGAUCCAUGGGCGGAGCAAGGAGAACCAGUGACGAAAUGAAUCAACAUUUCCAGUCGUACUUAGCGCUAAUCAGGACCGAGGGAACGCUACGCAGGGGCACCGGGAAGAAGCAGGAUGAGCCCGAGGAGGCUUCCCCCGAAAUGCACCCCAAAAGUGUCGGAUAUACAAUUAUACUGAAAAACAACGUUUCGAAUUUCCACAAUGUGAUAAAUAACAUAGUGAACCUUUCGCAUAGCAACAGGAUUAUCAACCAUCAUAAGUACUUUCGUGAAAAUAAUAUGUACAACGGGCAUCGGGAGGGUGCCACUGUGAGUGGAGUGGGUGCCUUCCACAAGGAGCACACAGGAGAGGUGGGAAUGGCGGAUCAUACGGAGAAACGCAACGAACAGACGAAGUAUGACGCGAAGCGUGACUCGAAGAAACACUCGAAGGAGGACCCGAAGAAGAACUCAAAAAAAGACCCGAAGAAAGACCCGAAGGAACACCCAAAGGAAAACCCGAAGAAACACCCGAAGAAAGACCCCAAGAAAGACCCCAAGAAGGACCCGAAGAAGGACCCGAAGAAGGACCCGAAGGAACACCCAAAGGAAAACCCGAAGAAACACCCGAAGAAAGACUCAAAGAAAAGCCUCCUUGAAAAUUUUUUCGACCAUUUAGAAAAUGACAGCACCGAUUUCUGCUCCUCUGAUUCGCUCAACUCCGAUGCAAAUUCUGGAAAAGGGAAAAGACGGAAAAUGAGCCAACUUAAAAUGAAGAGAAAUGCACGAGGCGAUGAUAGAAAUGGUUCCGCGCCGAGGAAGAAGGACCUGGAGGAGGUCCUCAGGAGGGAAGACAGAGCGUACAACAUAUGCUUCCUGCACUCAAGAAAUGACAACUAUAAGAUUAAAUAUUUUGAAAAUAUAAAUGUUUUGCAGAAUAUGUACAGAUACUGUGGGAGGGGGUUACUCGUGGUGAACGUAAAGUACGUGACGGGUGAGGACCCGGAGGAGGCAAACUGCAGCGGGGGAAGGAGUCCAAUGGAAGUUGACCCAAAAAAACGCGGAAGCGUCAUAUUCCAGACGGACAUACACAUUUGCAGUGAGAAGAAGCCAAAAAAGAGGAACAAAAACGAACUCGAAAAACAAGUACAUUGGAGGAAGGCAAAAACAAUCAUUUUUAUCAUACGAGUGAAUUUACAUGAGCUGAGAAAUUACCAAAUGAGGAAAAUAAUUUUCGAAGAAAAAUAUGUUAAGAGUACAUUUUACAUUAACCUCAAGGUGGUGAAAAUAUUUUACCAUAUAGCUUUAAAAAAUUGUAAAUUAUUACACAAAUCGGAAAAUGAGGGACAUGAUAAAAAAGCGAAUGCAGCGAUAAAAAGGAUUUUGAGAUCAUUUUUUGCCAAGGACAGGUGUUCCUUCCUUGUGUACUUGACAAAAAACCUAUUUAAGAGAAAAAAAAAAUAUCCUUUAACACCAACCCGUAUAUGCAAAUACAUUUUGUGGAUAAGAAAUAUCAUUUGGGACACUCAUUUGUUUCACCAUUAUGAGAAUCUUGAUAGUGAUUUGCCGCAAGUACAAUCAGAUCAUCGUUGUGUGUACUCGUUGAAUGGGGACCUUCCGGCUACAACAACUUGUUUCAAGUUCUAUUUCCUCAUGUUGCCAAAAGAAAAAAGAAACAGGCUUAUGCUGAACAUAUCCAUGUUAAGAUUUCUGUACUCUCACUUGAGUAAGGGGUGGAUGAAAAAGGGCAUACAUUUCACCUAUGGUGAAAAGAGCGUAAGAAAGGAAAAAAAGAAAAAAAAACAAAAAAAAACCUGUGCUUGUGUGAAAAAACCCGAAGCAACGUUUGAUUCAGUGGUUGAUAGGGAAGAAAAAAAACAGCUCAGUAAUUACAUAGUAAUAUCUGCAGAUAAUUAUAAACUAUAUUUGUCAAAAAUUAAAUUCACAAAGAUUACCAAGAAUUUUUUCACCACGAGAUUUGUGCGCAUAAUGGAAUUAAGCAAACCAGUCGAACCGAAAUUGCCCGCCGCAUACAAGUCGUCUCGCAUUAAUUUAUUGAAAAUAAUAUAUGACAAGUCGUGUAUUCUGCUGGCCAACCAGUACAGCAAUCUUAUUUUUGUCUACUUUGCGCACAAGUGUAUUUACACAAAUUCAUACCUCCUCAUCCCCUACUUCACUAUUCCGCUGUAUACGGAACGCAUAGGAAGAGCCCUUAUCCCGAAUUUCAGCAAGGACGCCUGCAUCGGAGACAAGAAACGCCUUGUGAACAACAUAAAUUACAACUUUCGAAAAAUCUUGGCCGACAACUACGUGGAUAUGGACGAGGAGCGGAACUUUUUCAUCGCGGGCUUAGAUGUCAUGUACAUAAAAGGCAAAAAGAACAAUUUCGAGUUAACCGUCUUCGCAAUCUUGCUGAGUAACAUUUUAUUUUGUUACAAAUUGAAUUUCCAGUACUAUUAA